AUGGAUAAGCGACCUCGAAAACGACCUCGUUUAGCAUGGGACAUGCCUCCUGCUGUUCCUCCUCCAGCUCCACAGAAGAUUCUUCCAACUCUAUAUUGUGCACAAGAGUUUGGAGCAGUCCCUAACUAUGCGUAUUCUUCAAUAUAUUACAAAGGGGUUCCUCGUAAUGGAUCUCCACCUUGGAGGCCGGAUGAUAAGGAUGGACAUUAUGUUUUUGCCAUUGGGGAGAAUUUAACUCCUCGUUACAGGAUACUGAGUAAAAUGGGUGAAGGAACUUUUGGACAAGUUCUGGAAUGUCUGGACAAUGAAAGGAAAGAGAUUGUUGCAAUUAAAGUUAUUCGGUCCAUACAAAAGUACCGGGAAGCUGCCAUGAUUGAGAUUGAUGUCUUGCAGAAACUGGCUAGGCAUGACAUCUGUGGAUCACGUUGUGUGCAAAUACGGAAUUGGUUUGACUAUCGUAAUCAUAUUUGUAUUGUAUUUGAGAAGCUUGGUCCAAGCUUAUAUGAUUUUCUACGCAAAAACAGCUAUCGUUCAUUUCCCAUUGAUCUUGUUCGGGAGUUUGGCAGACAACUUUUGGAAUCUGUGGCAUUUAUGCACGAUCUACGCCUGAUUCACACAGACUUGAAACCAGAAAAUAUUCUUCUUGUGUCCUCAGAGUACAUUAAAGUCCAAGAUUAUAAGUUUAUAUCGAGACCCACAAAAGAUGUUUCCUACUUCAAAAAUCUACCAAAGUCGAGUGCUAUAAAGCUUAUUGAUUUCGGAAGUACUACAUUUGAACAUCAAGAUCAUAGCUAUGUGGUCUCUACACGCCACUAUCGUGCGCCGGAGGUUAUAUUGGGUAAUGGUCUGGGCUGGAACUAUCCCUGUGAUAUGUGGAGUAUAGGCUGCAUACUUGUGGAAUUGUGCUCUGGAGAGGCACUUUUCCAAACCCAUGAAAACUUGGAACAUCUUGCAAUGAUGGAAAGGGUGCUAGGGCCAUUGCCCCAGCAUAUGAUUAUGCGCGCCGACCGGCGUGCUGAGAAGUACUUCAAAAGGGGCUCAAGGUUGGAUUGGCCUGAAGGUGCCUCUUCCCGAGAAAGCAUGAGGGCUGUUUGGAAAUUACCCCGGCUUCAGAACCUAAUCAUGCAGCAUGUGGACCACUCGGCUGGCGAUUUGAUUGAUCUCUUGCAAGGGCUAUUGAGGUAUGACCCUACCGCGCGGCUUAAAGCAAGAGAAGCUUUGGGUCACCCCUUUUUCACGAGGGAUCUUAGAAGGUUUGGUUAUCCAUUGUGA